AUGACUCAAUAUGUUGAAUUGCGAGUUCGGCGCGAAAAUGCUCGUUUAGUGAUCCCGGAUUCUCAAGAUUCAAAAAUAGCUGAUCCUAUCGUCGGCUAUGCUCAAGAACCACUUCUUCCGCUUGGCGAUGCAUGCAAACCAUUGGUUCCUAUUGUCUUUAAUAUAUUGGGAUAUGUUUCGAAUGCUCUUGAACGCACUUCAAAAAAUCCCUCAGAUGGUCUGACAAGCGACGAAUCAGCUUCGAUUUAUCUCUACACGAUGGAAUGGAAUGAUGAACAUAGAAGUGUCUAUUCCAUUCUCAAUGAAACACUCAGAACAGCUGACCGCGAACAUUUACAACCUUGGUUUAAGUACCUGAAACUUUUACUGACUGCCUUGGUCAAAAUACAAUGUGCAGCUCAACAGACGGUUUGGCGUGGGAUACGAAAAGAUCUUAGUUCCGAAUUUCCUCGAGGAACUCAGGUGAUCUGGUGGAGUUUCUCAUCUUGCACAACAACGCUUCCUGUAUUAGAGAAUGAUCUCUACUUGGG